AUGAUUGCAGAAAAUAACUUGCAAGUUCGAGUAUAUUGGAUCCUCGGGCACAAAUUGCUCGAAUGGGGAUGUCACUGUCCAAAACUAGGUGGGAAUGGAGUUUGUAUGAUGAGAAGUACAUGGAGAUCCGAGCAGCAUUCAUCCUUUAUCAACUUCAUUUCAUGUUUCCUCAACGCCAAUUCUUUCCGGCUGAACAUUGUCCCAAUUGCUCCAGAUUUUAUCUUCAACUGCGGGGGGCUGUCUGUAGCUUUCGUUUUCGUGAUGAAAUGGGAUUCGACCAAUCCUGAAUCUCUUUUUACUAGAGUUGAGAAGCUGAAGAAGCAAUUUGCACAUCUCUAUGUUGUUGUGAACCUUCCAACCAUGGAGCAGAAUGAUUCUUUUGUAGGCUCUUAUUUCAAUUUGUGUUUUGAAUCUGGUAAGCCGACAUUUAUUCCAGUGCAAGAUUCAGAGAUGGGGUUCGAAUUGAUCUUAAAGAUUGCACACGCCCGUGGUGUUUGUAAGCGACAAGAUGUGAUACCUAAACUUAAAGCAGAAAGGGAACGAUCGGUGCAAACAAUGGAGGCAUAUCUGAAAGUGAUGACAUCCAUUCCUGGCAUUGAUAAUCAUGACGCAAACACGCUAAAUCAAGCUAUAGGCUCGAUCGAAGCAAUAGCCAAAGCAUCAAAGCAGUACAUAUUGGAAAACACUGAUCUGUCAGCCGACAAAGCCGAAACGAUCACCAGGUUUUUCAGGGAUCCAAGCUACUACCUUGGUCCCAAGAUCGGUUAG